GUCACUCUCCUCUCCUCUCGGCCAAUCAGGUUUUCCAAUAUUACUGUACUUCACCGGUCGUCCGCCUCUCCGUCAGGUAGUCGGGACGCGCUGCGGAAAGGCGAGGCUUGCGUGUUGUUUCGAUCUGCAGACCUGCAUCCUCCAUCAUGGCAGCGAACGGUACUUCAGACAUAUUGAGCUCUGCCUACCUUGCAGUGGAGUAUGUAGACGCUGUGUUGCCAGAAAACCCCCUUCAAUCCUCCCUGAAACACGCCUGGGGUUGCAUGCUGGACAACUAUACCAAGUUCCAGAUCGCCACAUGGGGUUCGCUCAUCGUCCACGAGUUCAUCUAUUUCCUGUUCUGUGUGCCCGGCUUCCUCUUUCAGUUCAUGCCCUUCAUGCAGAAAUACAAAAUCCAGCAGGACAAGCCGGAGACGUGGGAGAAACAGUGGAGAUGUUUGAAGAUGCUGGUGUUUAACCACUUCUUCAUUCAGUUUCCGUUAAUCUGUGGAACGUACUACUUCACUGAGUUCUUCAGCAUCCCGUACGACUGGGACUCGAUGCCCCGCUGGCCGUCUCUUCUGGCUCGGUGCUUCGGCUGCGCUGUCAUCGAGGACACCUGGCAUUACUUCCUUCAUCGCAUACUGCACCACAGGCGCAUCUACAAAUACAUCCACAAAGUCCACCAUGAGUUCACUGCUCCAUUCGGCAUGCAGGCAGAGUACGCUCAUCCUCUGGAGACAAUCAUCCUGGGUGCUGGUUUCUUCAUUGGUAUCAUGAUCUUCUGUAACCAUGUGUUCUUCCUCUGGGCCUGGGUGGCUUUCCGUCUGCUGGAGACCAUUGAUGUUCACAGCGGUUAUGAAAUCCCUCUGAACCCGCUCCACCUGAUCCCUUUCUACGCUGGUGCCCGUUUCCAUGACUUCCACCAUAUGAACUUUGUGGGUAACUACGCCUCCACCUUCACCUGGUGGGAUAAGCUUCUGAACACCGACAACCAGUACAACAAGUACAUGGAGAAACAAGGAGAGAAGAAGGAGCAGUAAAGCAGCCUAUAUGCAGAGAUGAAGAGAAAAAUAGCAUCACUGUUGUUCAUCUCUGGUAACUUAAUGGGACAUACAGGGAAGGUGUGUGAAAAUGAACUUGCACUGCUGUAUUCUGAAUCUGAAUCAGACUGAGUUGACUUCAGUUGGCCUUCUGUGCCUUAAUAAAUCAUAAAUAUGCUAUUUUUGUCACCAGCUGCAGGCUGAAUAAAGAAAACAUCAAUAUCCUCAUUUUUUUCCCCUUUGCUUUUCAUCAUAUGAAAUGUAAAGAUGGUCUACCAUAUCACUGUUGUUGUGAAAUGCUCCUAUUUACCUCUGAAUGUUUCAGCACUUUAGCACUUCCUCCUUGAGCUGAUCGGCAUCAAAGUGACUUAAGUUCUUCCAGCUAAUUCAACAGUUCAGUAGAAACUGUCUGAACCGGUUCGAUGCAAACUCUUUUAAAUUUUAGAUAAAAAAGGGAAUUGGCUCAUGUGUCCUUUCCGUGUUCUUAAAAUCUAUUUUUUCAUGUUUGAAGAAUCAAAUGCCUUUUUUUAAUUUCAACAAGAAAAGAAGCGCUGAAUGUGUUUUGUUUCUUCUCUACUUGUGUUAAAAUAAAAUUGUGUAAAUACUUAAAGCAGAUGUAUUUCAUUGCAGUUAUAUUUAACAGUUUGAUCCUGAGGUGUGGCUUUGAAUAAAAUAAAACUGUUAAGAACAAAA